ACAAGUUUUGUGUGCCAGAAGAUGCCAACGCUUAGGUGGAAAGCAUGACCCCAAAAAUUUGAUUUUGCCGCGCGCUCACAGUCAACCCAACCUAAUGACCAAUAGGCUCGGUUUUUGGCAUUUAUUACCAAACCAUUCUCUAACAUUAACCCACAAAUCCGAACCUACCUUCUUCCCUACCCUUCUCCCUCUUUAACAUUUUUGCUCGUUUACAGGUGUUUACAUCGUCGCAUCUUGUUCAACUUUCCACAUAUCUCCUUCCUAAAACCUUCCUACUUCUCACUAUGAAGAUUCUUCGUAUGUUUUAGAUUCUGUCGUCUCCAAGGGUCGUUUUCGUAUGGGUCUUCUGAUUUAAGGAUGCUAAAUGUGCGGUUCGGAUUAGUUUUGUUUACUCAUCGACAUCUUUGUCAAAUUGACAGGAUACACGCAAGUUACAGUUGAGUCAUUGUUCGUAUUUCGCUCUUUCUUUGACUUCAUUUUAAAAUAAAGUAGUCACGAGUUAUAUCGUUUGUUCACAUGCUUGACGAAGAUUUGUGGACGUAUUUCUACCCACGAAAGAUUUGAAAGAUCGUCCGUUUCUGAGUUUGAAUCUUGAUGUUUCAUUGUCAAUUAAUCUUCGAGGACAACUGAAAGAUGUCAAGCAAGACUUCAACGAAGGAGAUUGAUCCGUUACUGAGGGAUCUGGAUGAGAAGAAACUGAAUUUUCGCCGGAACGUGGUUUCACUCGCCGCCGAGCUCAAGGAUGUCCGCAGUCGUCUAUCAUCCCAAGAAGAGUCAUUUGCUAAAGAAUCUUUAACUAGACAGGAAGCAGAAAUAAGAGCUAAGAACAUGGAAGAAGAGAUUUGUCGAUUGCAGAAGAGUUUAGAUGAUCGAAAUCUGCAGCUUCAAGCAUCAUCAUCCGAUGCUGAAAAGUAUCAGCGGGACUUGGAUCAUCUUACAUCACAACUUUCAUCCACAAAAGCAACAGCGGAUGCAAGCGCCAUUUCUGCUCAAUCUGCACAGCUUCAAUGCAUGGCUCUGUUAAAGGAACUGGAUCAGAAGAACAAGUCGUUGAAAGAGCAUGAAGCUCGAGUUAAUCAAUUGGCGCAUCAACUAGAUCUUUUGCAGAAGGAUCUUGAAUCCCGAGAAUCUUCACAAAAACAAUUGAAAGAUGAAGUCAUGCGAGUUGAACAUGACAUCAUGCAAGCUUUAGCAAAAGCUGGAGCAAAUAAUGAUUGCGAAUUGAGGAAGAUCCUUGAUGAGGUUUCACCUCGAAAUCUUGACAAGAUGAUGAAAUUGUUAUCAGCCAAAGAUGAAGAAAUAACCAAGUUGAGAGAUGAACUCCGGGUUAUGUCAGCUCAUUGGAAACUCAAAACCAAGGAUCUUGAGUCCCAAUUGGAGAAACAUCGUAGAGCAGAUCAGGAGUUGAAGAAAAGAGUUUUAAAACUUGAGUUUUGUCUUCAUGAAGCUCGGGCUCAAACCCGGAAGCUCCAACGGAUGGGAGAGAGGCGAGACAAAGCGUUGAAAGAAGUGAGAGAUGAAUUGGCAGCAACAAAGAAUGGUGGAAACGGGGAAAACCAGAACCAGAACUUCUGGGAGAUGCCAGGGUUUAAGAUUGCUGUAUCGAUGUCGAUGGUGAUUCUGGUGUUGAUUUCUAAGCGCUAGUAGAGUCUAGUAGUCUAGUAGCGUAGGUGUAUUAUGUUAGGGAUAAUUUGAAAGGUGAACGUGUAUGUGAAUGCAAUUAAGUGUUGGAUAAUUGGAUAAAAAUUAGGAUCAUAGAGAGCCAAUGAGAGGGGAUGGGUUUGUUUAUAAAAUACCCUGUGCCUGUCGAUCUUUUUAAAAAUUUCAAAUUUCAGAUUUCUCUGGUACAAUUCUAAAGCGUAUUGAAAAACUAGGUUUUAGACUUUAGUUUAAAAUCUAGUUUUAGCUGUAAAAAUGUUAAAAACUAG